CUCCACUGAAAUUGCACCUGGUAGUCAUACACGGAGCUCUCACGUGAGGCGCAUCUGGAAAUUUUUGGGCAGGCCAGCAAAGGAGACGACUUCAGAAGGGUGCUAAGAUCGCAGGUCUGGCUCAUUGUAGCGGGCCAAUUGCAAAGCCAGAGCAAACAUGAAGUUCCGGAGGACACUGAGGUUCCACGGUUUGAAGCGGCCUCGCGUCCGCCAAACCUGGAACAAGUACAACCUCUACAUCCUCUCGCGCCUGGGGAGGGAACCCUCGCUCAGGCCCUUUGAGAAGACCUUCUUCCAGCAGAAAUGGGCCGCCAAGGCCAUGACCCGCGGCUACCACGGCGAGCACAUCAAGGAGCGCCAGUGGGAGCGCAUGUUCAGCCGGCGCCUGCUCUCCGUCGUCGACAUGGACCCGGCAUACAUGGCCAAGAACGACGGCAGCGAGCAGGCAGCCGGGCGGGGAUCCGGACGCGACGGGCAGUCCGAGAGCGGGAUGGAGAGGACGCCGUACAUGCACAUGGCGUUCGCGCCGAUGGAGAGGCGGCUUGACAUUGCAGUCUUCAGGGCACUCUUUGCAAGCAGCGCAAGGCAAGCUCGGCAGUUCGUCAUACACGGUGCUGUCAAGGUCAAUGGCAAGAAGAUGGUAUAUCCGGGUUACCUCCUCAACCCCGGAGACAUGUUCCAAGUCGACAUUGAGCGAGUCAUGUUCGCAACCGGGAAGACGAAGGAGAAGUCCCUGGGAGCGCCCACGAAAUCUUCCGAGUCGGGCGAGGAGUCGGCAGAAGCACCUGCCGAGGCCGAAGCAGAAAGCAGCGAGGCAGCCGAGGACGCCGCACAGUCGGCCGAGGAGCCCGUCGAUGACGCCGCCGCUCUAGAGAAGGAGAAAGAAGAGCUCAAGGCCCUCCGGGAGCGCGUCAAGACGAUCCUCGAGGACCCGUCCCGGGACCUCUCAGGCAAGCAGAAGAAGGCCCUCCGCGGCCUGGCCCAGGACGUCAAGUCCGCCAUGUCCCGCCUCGGCAGGCGCAACGCCGAGCUCCCGCAGUCGUCAAGCGUCGUCGACGACCUGACCACCCUGUUCUCGACCCUCGACAUCAGCUCCUCCACCGCCUCCGCCACCGCCGCCGAAGCAGAGUCGGCCACCGACGGAGCCAAGGAGCAGAACGGCGGCCCCCCCCUGACGUCCGAGGAGCGGGAGCGCCUCGACAUGCUGAUCGCACGCGAGGCGGAGAACCCGUAUGACCCGAGCAAGCCCUACAUGACGCCCUGGCGGCCGCGCCCCUACAUGUCGCCCUUCGCCUUCAUCCCGCGCUACCUCGAGGUCAACCAGAAUAUAUGCGCCGCCGUCUACCUACGGCACCCCGUCGCGAGGCAAGGCGCCGCCGAGGUUCCCACGCCCUUCCCUCAUGACAUCAGUCAGCUGGCUUUCAACUGGUACCUGCGGAGGCGGUGAGGUGAGGGUGGAGGCUUGGAUUGCCGGGUUGCUGGCAGCUUUGGGUUGUGCCGUUGCACAUGCUGAAUGUGGCCGUGGACGGUAGAAGAUGGGCAGUGGACGGCAGUUUGGACUGUUUUUCCAAUCUUGAAGCCGUGGUAUGCGAAGAGGUCGAUGUGACUAUUAGUAUAGAACACGGAUGGUUGGCGUCCAUGUAAAACGAGGUAGAUGUAUAUAUAGAUGUAUCACCACUGGCAAAGCAGAGGCAUUCACCUA